UGCUACUAUUAAAAUACCUUAGCGGUCAGUGCGGGGUCAGUGCCAGCAGUGCACACUUAACUCUCCUUUCUGCCUUGACUGGCACUCUUCUAUAGAUAUCUCUUUAACAUGACUUUCUUACGUCUAGGACUCUGCAUUGUUGGAGUAUAUUCUAUGUUUCUGCUAUGGGCAAUUGCCCAAGAACGACUAUCUGUUCCAUUCCCUUCGAUAGAUGGCGAGACCUCUGACAAGUUCCGCUCUCCUCUUUUUAUGGGAACAUGCCAGAGUGCAAUGAGCACCCUCUCAGCCCUGAUAUACCUAUUUAUUCGCCGGAAGUCAGGUCAAUCGCUGCCACAGCUUCUAGGACUCGAGCUUACCCCUUCAAAAUCCGCCUCCAACGGAACAGCUGCAUCGAACGGCUCUGCAAAUUCCACAUACAACGGAACCACGCACACUAAUGGGCAUUCUCAUGCCCAUCCACUUGCCAAAUCCUCAGCUCGUUUCUCCCCCGUUUCGCUUCUCCUCCGCUACCUCCAGUGCGCCGUCUUCAUUACCUCCGCUGCACCAUUCGGCUUCGCCGCCCUCAGCUACAUAACAUAUCCCGCUAUGGUCUUGGGAAAAUCGUGCAAACUCGUGCCUGUCAUGUUCAUGAACGUACUACUAUAUCGUAGAAAGUUCGCUGCACACAAAUAUGUAGUCGUAGCGAUGGUCACGGCAGGUAUCACCAUGUUCAUGGGCUUCGGGAAAGAGAAACCUGGCAAGCCUGGUUCUUUGAAGAACGGAAAUGGGGAGCUCUCGAUGUACACCCAGCUCAUCGGUCUCACCUAUUUACUCGUCAACCUGCUUGUCGACGGCGCGACUAAUAGCACUCAAGACGAAAUCUUCGCGCGGUACAAGGUCACCGGUCAACAGAUGAUGUUCUGGAUCAAUUGCUUCAGUACCCUGUUAACGUCUUCCAUUUCCAUCCUACCCUUACCCUACAUUCCUGUCUUGCAUCCUAAUGCCAGUGGUACGGAGCUUCAAGGUGCUCUGGAGUUUAUCACAGAACAUCCGAGUGUGGUCAUGUCGUUAGCGCAGUUCGCGUUUACUGGUGCGCUGGGGCAGUUGUUCAUCUUCGAGACAUUGCAGCAUUUCGGGUCUCUGACAUUGGUGACGAUUACACUGACAAGGAAGCUCUUCACAAUGCUCCUCUCCGUUGUCGUCUACAAACAUACAUUGACUCCAGGCCAAUGGGCUGGCGCAGGCGUCGUAUUUGCAGGUAUCUCGGUAGAAGCCUGGGUCAAACGCAAAGAUGUCCACGCAAAACGCGUCAUCCAGGAGAAGGAAAAGGCGAAACUCAAAACGCUAUAGUUGAUCCUCUCUUCUGGUGGAUGGACUAUGAUCAUAAAUUAUUGUUAAGGAUGGAACGCCGCUUAGUCAAUGGCAUGGACUGCUAUGUAAGAUAGUUGAAAAAAAAUUGAAAAGUGAAAAUGAACAGAAUGAACAAUAAACGUGACUAGAGUUU